AUGAUUGUUUCACAUAUUGAUAGAAUAUUACUGAUUGAAGAAAAUCAAAUCAAUAGAAAUAAAGAAAUAGAUAGAAUAUUAACAUGUUUUAAAUAUGAUUAUUUUGAAAUAUUGGAAAUUGAACCUGGGAAUAUAGCUAAUUCUGAUUUAUUAAAUAUUGUAAAGAAGAUAUAUCGAAAGAAAUCAUUAUUGAUACAUCCAGAUAAGACAGAUAAUCCAAAUGCUCCAACUGCAUUCAAUCUACUCAAAAAAGCGGAAAGUAUAUUGUCAAACCAAGAAACUGAAAGUAAUGACUAUAAAGAAAAACAGAAAUUGAUAACUAUUUACCAAACUGUCAUGAAAGAUAACUCAGAUCCCAAGAAGAUUAAGAGUAAAGUGAGGAGUAUACUCGAAGAUGAGCUAGAUCAAGAACAACUCGAACAAUAUAUCAACCAACAGAAAGAAAUUGAAAAAAAUCAAUUACAAGAGAAAAUUAAAGCUGAAAGACAAUUACAAAAACAAUUUGAAAAUAAAUGGGAAGAUGAAAGAGAUUUAAGAGUUAAAAAUUGGAGGGAUUAUUCAUCAAAGAUUGAAAAGAAGAAAUCGGGCAAAAAGAAGAAGACCAAGGUUUUAGCGUAAGGCGAAUUUUUUUUUUUUUGAUUCCACGCGAUGAACCGAAUUGUAUCAUAUUUAUCAAUUGGUUUAAUUUCAUUCAUUACUGGAUACUACACAAGAAAUUACUUUAAUAAUGUGGAUAUAGAAGAUGAAGAGGAAGAAGGCGAUGGUUUAGACGUCAAUUCAUUGGCACUUAAUGAUGUACCUGGAGAUAUUAAAAUGACAUUAGUUAUCAGAUCAGAUUUAAAGAUGUCAAAAGGUAAGGUUGCUGCUCAAUGUUCUCAUGCAACUUUAGCUUUAUAUAAAAAGAUAACCAACCCGGACCUAGAUUCUUAUAAUCCUAACAUGGUUAAACGUUGGGAGUAUCUUAACGGACAAGCUAAAAUUACAUUACAAGUCCCGAAUGAAGAGGAAAUGGAUAUAUUAUUUGCUAAAGCUAUUAGUUUGGGUAUUAAUUGUUAUAUUGUUCAUGAUGCUGGUAGGACUCAGAUUGCAGCUGGUCUGGCUACUGUUUUAGGUUUAGGUCCUGCUCCGAAAAAGGUAUUAGAUGAAGUUACUGGUGAAUUGAAAUUAUAUUAA